UGGGUGAAUUAAAAAUUACCAAAUAACAAUUUGUUUUAAGUACAGUCCUGUUGUAUGUAUUAUACUAAAGAUUAUAUCACUUAUAUAUGCUCGGUGGUAAUAAGUUAUAACAAUUAAAUGUAUAAAAAUUGAGUGUUGCUAAAAGUUUAUUGUUGUACAUAACCUAAGCGUAAUGUCUUGUCAAAUUAAAGGAAUAGCAAAUAUAUCAGACGUUGUUAGUGUUAAAAAAUUGCUUUAUGGCGAAGACAUUAGCAAAUUCGAGUACAUUCCGAGCAAUGAAUUGCCUCUGCAUAACUGUAUUAUAUCAAUGUCAUCAGUUGGAGAUGUACUUACGAUAGCUUGGAACACAAAAAUGAUCAUAUUUGCUUCAAGGUGGGAAUCUCAAGAAUUAGAUGAGAUAAAAAAUAAAUUUCAUAUAACGUGGCAUGGAGAAGUAACGAAAGCAGCAAAUGAAUGGAUAACCUCUGCGAUCUGCUUACCUUUAAUAUCCAUGGGAAAAGCCUCUGGUCCAGAUUGGACCUGUAUAGCUGUUGGUUAUAAUACAGGCUUUGUUAGAUUUUAUACGGAAACAGGUGCUUUACUCUUAGAAGAGCAAAUCCAUAAUGAAUCGGUUCUAGGGAUAAAGUGUCAGUCAUUUUGCUUAUCCAAACACGCUGGGGAUGCUGGCUCUAGUGAAGAAGUUUAUAUUUUAUAUAACAGUGGAGUUUGCAUUUUACAAGGGUUUCCAUUAUUUUCUACUUUACGUGCUUGUAGAAACCAUUUGGCUAAAGUCCAAGCGAAUUGUAAUGAUUUACCGCCAGUUACAAAUUUAUCGUAUAAAAAAUGGGCGUUCAAAAAUCAAGAUAUUGCAAACGAUUUAGAAGUAAUUGGUACAACGUCGAUAAAUAGCUUUGAUCAUUUAAUGACAGCUUCGAUAUGCGGUGGAUAUAAUGCAACGUAUAGAUCUAGUGCGCCGCAACACAAUUUAGUUCUUGCGACAGGAAAACGACCGUUUGUAGGAUUCCACUAUGCACUGGAAGGUGGUAAUGCCCCAGUCUUGUCGGAUGUUGCUAUCGCUAUGGCUAGCAAACUAGCUAACGCUAUUGGUACUGCUGUGCCAUGGUUUCGUGGAAAUUCCAAGAAUGCAACGUCCGAAGUAUCAAAAAGUAUUAGCCACGAAUCGGUAGAAACGAUGACGUGUCGAUUUGGUUUAAGUGAUAUUAUGAGAGAAGGUGAUUGCAUUGUUUGUAGUCCAAACAAAAUGUUCUCGGUAAUAUCAGAUGCUAUGGGCAGAGUGAUUCUGAUAAAUAAUAAAAAGGGUAUAGCUUUGAGAAUGUGGAAAGGAUAUCGCGAUGCUCAGUGCGGUUGGAUCGAAGUUACCGAAGAGAGAGAUCGUGCGAUACGUAGGAACGUUGAUAAAUCUGGACGUAAAGCUUUAUUGCGCACCGCUCUGUUUUUAGUUAUUUACGCACCAAAGAAGGGCGUGAUAGAUAUUUGGAGUAUACAGCAAGGUCCAAAAAUCACUACUUUUACUGCCAGCAAAAAUGGACGGUUAUUGUACAUUAAUUAUGGUUUUCUGGGGGCAAACGACAAUGCCGUUUUAUCGAAGAAUAAAGCGCAAUAUUCCUGUGUAUUUAUUGAUCCACUUGGAGGAUUGAAGGAAAUUUGUGUUCCAUUUCACUUUGCGCUCAAUAGUAAAAACGGAAAACGAGCACGCGACAUACAUCUACUUAGGAAACUGAGAACGUUUCUGAGGGAAGAAGAUUUCAAUGAGGAGAAAUUGAUUUCCGUAGUUACUAAUACUUGUUUGGGUUUAGAAACGAAUGAAGUUCGAAUACAGACGAUAGAAGUUUUAAUGAAUAGCAAGCAUAUUUUACCAGACACUUUGCUCGCUGCGACGAAUUGUUUUGUAGUAAAACGAGAAAUAGAAGGAAAAGAGGAAGAAAAAGAAGAAGAAGAAGAAUUGGAACCUCCCGCUAAGAUGCUUCGUCAAUUGACAACGCAGUUACAACAAAUAAUUACAUUUUAUAAAUAUGUCGAGUCUCAACUCGAUGUACCACCUGAGUACGAUAUUACGACUGAUAAUGCAAUAAGUACUAAAAGUUUAUCUUCAAUAUUAUUAACCUCGGAACGAGAAAUAAACCGUGUUGUCAAAUUGGCUAAAAUGCUAAACAGCUUCUUAGACGGUAACGUUUCGGCAGAAACUAAGGUCAAAUUUAAGAAUGAAAGUGCGUUCUUUGACUUUCUAUCGUGCUUCGAACUGGGCGCAUCGAGAAUGAUUGGAUUACGAAAAGAUGUAAAGGAGGAGAAUAUACACGAAAUUUCACGUUUAAUGUAUCAGGGACUCAUGUAUUCUGAUGAUAUGAAAAAGAAAUGGCAACAAGCGGCUAAAGACAGUAACAUUCAACCAUUUAUUUUCAUGCGAUUGGCAUUGAUAUAUUGGUCGCACAAGGAAGAAACUACAUUUUCAGAAAUUGAGUUAAAACACUUUACACAGCUGCUGCACGUCAUUUGUUUCUUAACCGAUGUGGAAGAAAUAUGUGUUGAAUAUAACCAAGUUUCCUCAUGGUGGAAAAAUGUACGCACUAUUCUGACAGAAUCUACGAAACCUUUCAAUGCGUUUACUGCUGCGUUAGCCUGUAGGGCGACUGCUAUGACUCUGGAGAAGUACAAAGAGAAAUUGCAAAAUGAGAAGCGAUUGGGGAAUAAUGGAAACGAAGAGGAAGACAUUAAAAAUGGGAAUAAUGUAAUUAAAACAGACGAAAUGCAGAAUAAAUCGUAUGAUGUCACACCGGAUGAUGAGACGUACAGUUCAAUUAGUGAGUGGGAAAAUGUCAGUAAUGAUACCUGUCAAUUUGCAUUACUGAUUGGGAACCUUGAGGAUAUUGCCGUUUUGAAUGCCGUUAUUAGCCGACGAGUUGUAUCGGAUGAAACAACACGAUUCUUUGUUCUACCAUUUACGAAAAACGACACUUGUUUAGCAUCGAUCCUCUCCGGAGGAAGAGGUUCAGUGUCUGAACUGGUUGCGAAAUGGCUGGGCACAACGGGUAUCGAUCCAGCGCGAUUAAUCGACACGACGGAUGUAGAGUUCGAUCAGUUACAAUUGUCUGUAGAUUCCUUACAACAAUUCACCGAUACGAAUGAAGCGACUACUGUCCAAGUAUCUGAACAGGAACGAUCGAAACUUGUUUCUUUAUCGAUAGAGAUUGGGGAUGAAGCAAAAAUUAAUACGACUACGGAAGCGUGCAUUUUAGACAGUAUGGCCCUACUCAAACGUCAUUUCCCAUUCAGUUUAACGAGCAGCGUUUUAUUGGCCAAUUUCUGCUGGGAGUUUGCCAUGUCGUGGGACAAAGAUGUUACUCAACUAGAUUCGCUCGCAGCCGCUUUAACUGUUUUACGACAAAUACCUAUGAAGAAUAUGAGACACGGUGUCUGCUGUCUGUUAUGGGUGCUUCACAUAAAGAAAAGAAUGGAAAUGGCGGCAAAAUUAAUGAAUAAACUUGGAAAGUUGCCAAAGGAGAGAUUAUGUAUGCAAGACAUUGGUUUAUCUGACGUUCAAGUAACGACGUUUUUACAGCACUGCGUUACUUUCUUGGAUAUAUUUAUCGAUGCUGAGAUACUUGAACAAGGAGAUAAAGUAGUAAUAAAGUCGGAAGAAUUAUGGGACGGACACUUCGGUGGGCCACAGCCGUUUGCUACACUAGCUGUCUCCCAAACUCCAGCUUGGUACGACUUGAUUUUGCUACACGUACAAGUGGCUAAUGUUCUAUACAUGAUGGCAUAUCUGAACUUGAAAAUACUGAAACCAUUAAAUAACUUGUUCGAAUCCGUGGUACAGCCUUACCUCUUUCAAGACAUAACGGACAAAGCAAUUCUCACGUGGUACCGAGAUGACAAGAGGGAUAAUAUACGUACAGAAUUUUUAUGUAGAGUAAUUACAGCAUCGAUGGAAUUUAUUCAUCGCGAGACUACGGACGGUGUGACGGUUAGUUCGACACAGGCUGUCUUGUGGAUGAGUAAAUGUCAAAUGUUAGCGUCUAUUUGGAAAAUUAAUAAUGACGAAUUGAGAAUACAUCAAGCCUGUCAGCUGUACAUAAAUGGUUUCGAUCGUUUAGCAGAAGAGGUAACUACAACGGUAACAGAUAUUGAACGCCUGGCUGCAAACUUAUUACCUAUAGCUGGAAGAAGAAUGAUGGCGUAUCUCUCAAAAACACCUAAUCUUUUGGAAGAAAUGUCACGAUUGAGUCCAGCGCUUACAAGAUACUUGGAAAGCCUGAACGUCCCUGAAAUAGUCUAUACAAAUUGUUCGAAUGUCGACACUGUGGAAUUAAUUCGACGAAUAUCAGUGCAUUUGCCUAAAACUCACUGUGAUUAUCACAUUAUAUUGUUAAUGUUAGACGCAACAUUUAUUUAUGAAGACAACUAACUUUGGAUUUUGU